AUGAGUUAUUCAGCGUUCCCAGUCGCCUUGCAGAACAAACUGCUAGGUUAUGGCCGAGCGUCUAGUACCCAUUUAUCCGCCUUGAAUCUAGACCUCAUCCGCAACAUUAUUUUUGUUCUCUUCAUCCUUCGCUAUACCCGCAAGACCUUUUACUCCCUCCGCGGCUACGGCCUCUUUGGUAGCAUCCGCAAUGUCUACCUCGCCAUUCGCUUGUUUUGUUACUCAGUCCUUCUGCGCACCCCCGGUGUGCGCGGCAUGGUUGACAAGGAGGUGAAGACUGCUAUCGAGGAUUUACAGAAAAAGCUCGUGCCAUCUGGACCGGAUGUGGAUCGGUAUCUUACACUCCCGAAGGAAGGCUGGAGUCCGGAGAAGGUCCGUGAAGAGCUCGGGAAACUCGCUGGCAUGAAGCGUACGCGCUGGGAGGAUGGUCGCGUGAGCGGUGCUGUCUACCAUGGAGGCGAGGACCUUUUGAAACUCCAAGCGGAGGCUUUUGGCCAGUUUGGUGUCGCAAACCCGAUUCAUCCGGACAUCUUCCCUGGAGUCCGGAAAAUGGAGGCCGAGGUUGUUUCUAUGGUGUUGAACAUGUUCAAUGGCCCCUCUGAUGGUGCUGGCGUCACCACAAGUGGUGGCUCGGAAUCAAUUAUCAUGGCUUGUUUGGGUGCCCGGCAAAAGGGACUAUUGGAGCGCGGCAUCAAGGAGCCCGAAAUGAUCAUUCCCGACACAGCUCACGCUGCUUUCAUCAAGGCCUGCAACUACUUCAAGAUCAAGCUACACCGUGUUCCAUGCCCUGAGCCUGAGUUCAAGGUCGAUGUUAACGCCGUGCGUCGUUUGAUAAACCCAAACACCGUGCUUCUCGUUGGAUCUGCACCAAACUUCCCUCACGGAAUGGUUGAUGAUAUCCCUGCUUUGUCCCGCCUGGCUACAAAGUACAAGAUCCCUCUCCACGUGGACUGCUGCUUGGGAUCAUUCUGCAUCGCCCUUCUGAAGAAGGCUGGCUUCCCCUCACCGUAUGAGGAGGAGGGCGGUUUCGACUUCCGUCAACCCGGCGUUACUAGCAUUAGUGUGGAUACUCACAAAUACGGCUUUGCUCCUAAGGGUAACUCCGUCCUGCUCUAUCGCAACAAAGCCUACCGAAGCCAUCAAUACUUCGUAUACCCCGACUGGUCUGGUGGUGUUUAUGCCUCGCCCUCCGUGGCCGGUUCCCGACCUGGUGCUUUGAUUGCUGGUUGCUGGGCUAGCUUGAUGAGUGUCGGUGAAUCCGGUUAUAUUAACAGCUGUACUGAGAUCAUCAAUGCUACCCGCAAGUUUGAAUCAGCGAUUCGCGAGCAUCCUGUCAUCUCGCUACACAUGGAGAUUGUGGGUAACCCGAUGGUCAGCGUGAUCGCAUUCCGCAGCAAGAACGGUGCCAUUGAUAUAUACGACGUUGCUGAUGACAUGUCCGCCAUGGGAUGGCACCUCAAUGCUUUGCAGUCACCCCCAGCCAUGCAUUGUGCCUUCACUAUUCCCACUGCCAAGGCCGUCGACCAGCUUAUCACCGAUUUGGUUAAGGUCAUCGACAAGGAGCUUGAGAAGGCCGAGGAGCGCCGCAAGCAAGGAAAAGCAUACAUUCUACAGCGCGGCGACACUUCCACGCUUUACGGUGUUGCUGGCAGCAUUCCAGACAAAAGUGUUGUCAGCCGCUUAGCUGUGGGCUUCCUCGACACUCUGUACAAAGCCUAA